AUGGAAGACACGUCGAGGAUCUGGUCUUCACCUCCAUCUCCGAAUCGCGUCCUCCCACAUCCCAUCUCAGCGGCCAACAGGACUGUUUUCCCAUACUAUUCUUUUCCAUACUCAGCCUCGGACCGGCAUGAUCCUGCUGCUUACACGUCGGAUGCAUUGCCAACGCGUUCGGGCGACCCGCAUCGCUACAACGUGCGCAUCAUCGAUAGCCAUCCGCCUGUCAAAGACGGUUUGACAUCCUGGCGUCCACCACUCCGGAAAAAGCCCAAAUUGAUCACGACGGCCCUCGACGUCAGAACGCAGGAAAAUUCACUGAACACUGGCAUGUCAAAGUCGCCAGCCAUCACCAAAGUCUCCAGCGUACCUUCCUCGAACAACACCCUCGGCGCCCUCAGUCCUCUCCCUAUCACGAACGUUGUCAGCCAGCCUCCGACACCCCUGCAACGCACCGACUCUCUUCCGUUACAACGAUCUCCCUCGCACAAAAGGCCUCCUGAGUCGCACAGCAGUCACGGCGUUGAAACAACCUGCGGACCGCCUCCUUCGUACAGCACUCAAAGAACUCGAUCCGAGGAUAAAAUAAGACAUCUUUACCUGGAGCCUGGUCAGAAAGGAACAAGCAGUAACACACACGACGCGUCUUCGAAUAGAUUCAAUGACCCGAUACAAGAUUUCCAACGACUACCUAACCAGACUGCGCCCUUAGAGCACGAAACUUCCCUUCCCUCGAGUACCGAGUCGUCGGCAGACGAGGCCAACACUGUGGAGGCCUCCAGCCCCGAAACUGCAGACACGACUCCGGAUACACAGAGUUCAAAUAGCUUGCACUCGCCCACCGUGGGAAAACUGCCAGCCAUGGCCUCGAGUCGCAUCUACGCGGAACAGGAAAGCCCAGAUGACGAUAGAAACUUGUCAUUGCCUACCGACGAGGAGAGUAAGGGCUCAAGUAGCGAUGAGCGGAAGAGCGAGGAUUUGUUCUUGAAUAUCGCAAAGACAGACGCCUCGCAAGUCGGUCAGCCACCUUCGCGAAUAGACAAAAGACGAUCUCGGAUUUCUCUACCCUUCUUUUCCGGUGCUCGACCAGCUACGAGUUACACCAAAUCAUCGCCUGUUCAGGACAGAUUUGAUACGGCGAGUGUAUCUGGCCGCUCAGAGGCUUUGAGAUACUACAGCAAGCGGGCAUCACUUGGUGGGCAUGUGCCUGGAGCGUUGUCACGCGCAUAUACGCAAGACACAAUACACACGCUACGAGCCGGAGAUGCUGGUCUCCAGCAAGACAGUCGAAGUAUUCGCAAUGGCGAUCUGCCUCGAGCAGCGCUUUCAAGACGCUACUCAAAUACAAAUACGAACAAUCCUGCCGAAACUGCUCGACAUUCGCAGCGACCGAGUACAACCCGCAACAGUCGCUUAGUGUCAGAAGCUGGCUUCACCGAACGAACAAGACCGCCGUUGGAACAUAAUGCAACCGAGUCCACGAUCUCUACGACUGCUCCUUCGACUAUUUUUGACGAAUUGGACGAUCUGAAGUCGAGGAUCCGCAAAUUAGAGCUGACUGGAAAGCUUCCGCCGUCCUCUGCUGCGGCAAUGGCUACAUCUGAUAGACCGAAGACUGCAACAACAGCAGCAACGACUCUCUCAUCCUCUCCGAGACACAAGCCGGCAACUGUCCAACUGCAGUCCGCCAUUGAAGGCAUUCCAUCCACAAUUCAUCCUAAUUUACACGAGGCUCUCGGCACUGCCAAAGCAGUGGUCAGUAAUGAUCUCUACCAGAAAUUGCAGGCUACUGCGCAUGAUGCCUUGCAGCUCUCCGUGAUGAUGAGCCCCGAAGGGUAUACUGGCAGUACUGUUGGUGGAUCCUCGUUAUCCGAACGGCAGGUCCGUAGGCGCACGGAAAGCAUGUGCAGAAGUCUCACAGAGCUGGUUAUUGCGAUGCUCGCUGACAGCAAACAAGCACCAUCAUCUGCCGCUCGACCGGUCAGUAGAGAUGCUUACGCUUCGUCCUCCGUAGGUCUGCGCAGUCGUCGGUACAGCAACGAGACCAGUGAUCGUCCUCCAGUGAGCUCAAGAGUGCAGUCACGGCUUGAUAACCGACGAACCAGCAUUGGGCUUGGUACCACGUUCAGCACACAUGUGGCGACGCCUGGAAGCGGUCAGGAGUCGUCGCCCACGGCUUUGCCGCAAAUUCAGACAACGUCUUCGUCCAGAUUAGGGCGCACAUCCACGUUGACGCGCAAACGCAGAAUACCAGGACAAUUAGAUGGGACUACUGAUGAAGAGGUUGCUAGUCCUUCGGCGCGGCCCUUGAGUCGAGCCAUGACCGAGCUGGGCACGCACCGGCUCCUGGUCAGAGACCCAGCCGCAUAUUCCAGAGAUUACACCGCUCAACACCCACUGCCACAACACCCGAGGCAUUCGCCACAUGAGCCAAGCAAUGCGACCAGGAGCUCCAUGCCUUCGAAUGUGAGCACGAAUUUUGUAUCACGACGUAAACACACGUCGCCAGCCAGCAAUAUGGGCACGCACGAACGGACACCAGUGACGCCAAAAGAACAUUGGGGUCGGAUCUCGAUCAUUCCUGCUGCCACGUCCAGUCCUAUCGAAGCAACUCCCGAGAGUCAGGGGUCAUUACGUCCGUCCAACUCACGAAGAAGCAUGGGAUUCGCGAGCAGAAUCAGCAGUGUCAGCAGUCGAUUACGAGCAGUCAAGGCAGAGCGCAAUAAUGUGAACAUGAGAGAUAGUAUGGAGUCACCUAGAGACAUUGCACCAUCGGACCAAGAAUUGGAUAAUAUGGCGUUUGGUAGGCAAGAUUCAGGACAAAGCUCGGGUUCGUGA